AUGUGCAUCAAAAAGCGGGUGGGCCAAACGAGCCACCAUUCCCGUACGGUGGCCGCUGUCCCCCAGCUACCACCAGUACACCCAUACCAGGCACUCUUGGCGUGGCCAGUUGAUGCCCCAGAUGUUAAGACUGCCGUCACCAUUCCUCCAGAUUUUCAUGGCGUCCACAGAGGAUACAUAACCAACCUGAAGAAAUUUACGGCUUACUACACCUCGAUCCUCUGCUUCACCACCCCGGGCGAUGGGCCACCCAGCCCACCGCAGCUACUUCAGACUCACGAAGACACACCAGGAACGGUGGGACACCUGAGCUUCACGGAGAUUCUGGACACCUCGCUCAAGGUCAGCUGGCAAGAACCCGUGGAGAAAAAUGGCAUUAUUACAGGCUAUCAAAUCUCCUGGGAGGUCUACAGCAGGAACGAAUCUCGCCUGGCUAAGACUCUGGCUAACACAACCCUCGAGUACAAAAUCACAGGCUUGUCUUCUCUCACCACUUACACCAUCGAGGUAGCAGCUCUGACAGCGAAGGGAACCGGCCUGGUCACUUCGUCGACCAUCUCAUCCGGAGUUCCCCCAGAACUUCCUGGGGCGCCUUCCAAUUUGGUCAUCUCAAACAUCAGCCCUCGAUCUGCAACCCUUCAGUUCCGCCCUGGAUAUGAUGGCAAGACCUCCGUCUCUAAAUGGAUAGUGGAGGGCCAGGUUGGCGUGAUAGGAGAGGAAGAAGAGUGGAUAACUCUGUGCGAAGUGGAGAAGGAGUCAAAUGCUCAGUUGUUGGAGAUUCCAAACCUCACACCUUACACUCAUUACAGGUUCAGGAUGAAGCAGGAAAACAUCGUUGGCCAAAGCCCAUUCAGCCAGCCCUCGCGGGUCAUUCAGACCCUCCAGGCACCCCCAGAUGUGGCACCAGGGAGUGUGACUGUGCGCACUGCCAGUGAGACAAGCUUGUGGGUCCGCUGGGUGCCUCUGCCGGAUGCACAAUACAAUGGGAACCCUGAAUCCGUGGGCUACAGGAUCAAGUACUGGUGUGUGGACACACAAUGCCCUACCCUGGCCAAGGCCAUCAACGACCGACUGGAGACGGAAGUUACCGUCGAGGAUCUUCAGGAGUGGACUGAAUAUGAACUACAGAUCCAAGCCUUCAACGCCAUUGGGUCAGGACCCUGGAGCGAGGUGGUACGAGGCCGUACGCGAGAAUCAGAUAUGAACCGUGGAACAUCUCAAAGUACUAUCAAGGCAGCAUCUAAGCCACAGUAG